AUUAUUUAUCCUUUAAUUUGUGUUUUUCAACCAUGGUAUGGGAAGGCGAAGGAGUGAUUAAAUAUGGAAGGAAGCUUAUCGGAGCAACAGAUCCACAAAAGUCAGAACCCGGAACAAUUAGAGGUGACUUAGCUGUUGUAGUCGGAAGGAACAUUAUCCAUGGGAGUGAUGGACCCGAGACAGCCAAGGACGAGAUCAAACUAUGGUUCAAACCAGAAGAGUUGGUUAGAUACACAAGCAACGCGGAGAAGUGGAUAUACGGUGUGAACUGAACAAAAAUCGUUUUUCUUAAUUUGAACUGUGAUUAACUCCGAAUGAAUACUCAGAAAGUAUUGAUUAUCUGAAUAAAUAAAUCUGAUGACCAUUUCCCUUAAAAAAAAAAAAAAAAAAAAACCAUGGAAGCUCCAUUGGAGGCACAAUUACCAAGAAGAACCGGAGGCUGGAUCACCUUCCCCUUCAUCAUAGCGAGCUUCGUAGGGUUGGCCCUAGCAUUUGUGGGUUGGACAAGCAAUCUUAUUGUGUAUCUGAUUAAGGAAUUUGAUGUGGAGAGUAUUGAUGCUGCUCAAAUAACAAAUUUGGUUAAUGGUGCUGGAAGUUUAAUUCCUGUUGUUGCGGCAGUUAUUGCAGACUCUUUUCUUGGUUGCUUCUCUACCAUUUGGAUUUCAUCCAUCAUCUCAUUAUUGAUAUACAAACACAUAAAAUUGAAUUGAGAGGUCGUCAACAAUUUAUACAAACGAGAGGCUGCCAAUAAUUUAUACAAAUGACUUGCCAGCGAAAUUAUACAAAUCUGAAGAGGAGCCAUCGAAUUAUACAAUGGAUUUACACAAACGAGAGUCUUCCAACAAUUUAUAUAAAUGGUCUACCAGCGAAAUUAUACAAAUCUAAAGAGGAGCCAAUGAAUUAUACAAUUACUUCUUUUUUAUAUAUGUAUAGCGAAAUAACUUAGCUUCUUUUUUAUAUAUGUAUAGUGAAA